UUUAGUGUGCUGGCAUGCACGACUGCACUGGCAGGUGAAAGCCAAAAAUACAUUUGUGGCAUGUGUGCGCGUUCUCAGCGGGGAGGUUGUAGUUAGGCAGGGAGCAGUGCAAACAGACCUGGCAUGGUUAUCUGGAACUCGUGAUUUCACUGGAAACAUAACCAUAUUUCACAGAGGCAUGGCUACUACAGACAUAGAUGAUGAUGACCUUCUGGACUAUGCUAUACAGAUGAGUAUUCAGGAAUCCUGCCAAAAUUCAGCCUGCUCAGAGAGUUCUAGCUCGGAAAACUUAAAAAUCCUGGAAGCCAUAGAUCGAGGAGACUUGUUCAUGCUUCAAAAGCUGUCUGAUGUGCCAGCCGCCUUCACAGAGGUGGACAGUGGUGGAUGGUAUCCCCUUCACAAGGCUGCCAUCCAGCCAUCACCUCAGGUUCUGGAGAUUGUCCUCUAUGCUUCAUAUAGAUUAAACUUGGAGGAAAAGACCGGGGAUGGUGAUACUGCUCUGAUUCUGGCCACACAAGCGGGUCUGGUGGACAACGUGCGGAUGAUGCUGGAGCAUGGAGCAUCCCCAGACAGAACCAAUGAGAAGAAUGAAUCACCGCUUUUGCUUGCAGUCCGAAUGGACUUGUUUGAUGUGGCCCUGACUUUGAUCUCCCGGGGAGCUUCAGUGAAUCAGCACUGCCUGAAGAAGUGGACGUCAGUGCACGAGGCUGCCAAGAUGGGCUGCACAGACAUCCUUAGACUCCUCUUGAUACAUGGGGGGAACAUUUCAGAGACAGACCAACAUGGAGUCACUCCGAUGGCUGUUGCCGCAGAGUACGGUCAGACAGAUGCUAUAGAGAUUCUCAUUCAGAAUGGUGGUAACGUCAAUGCAGUGGCUCCUAAUGGGGACACUGUCCUCUAUGAUGCUGCUGGAUCAGGCAAUCCUGACUGCAUCGAACUUCUCCUUCAACAUGGAGCUAAUCCCAAUAUCGCAAGCCUCUCUUCUCAGCUGCCCAUCCAUCGAGCUGCCUAUGAAGGACACUACCUGGCCCUGCGUAUUUUCAUCCCCAUCACUACCCGGCGGUCUCUCCGGCUCUCUGGCCAGAGUCCCGUCCACUCUGCUGCUGAUGGAGGCCAUGUCCGAUGUCUAGAACUUCUUGUGGAGAAGGGCUUUAAUGUGAAUGCCCUCUUGGACACACACAUCUCAGAGAACUACGGUGACAUGCGGCGGAGUGCCCUUUACUUUGCCGUCUCCAACGGUGAUGUCACCUGCACAGAGAUGCUCCUGAAUGCUGGAGCCAAGCCUGACCUGGACCCCCUAAGCUGUCUCUUAGUGGCUGUACGGGCCGGGAGGUAUGAGAUUGUGAAACUGCUGCUGGCCAAGAGGGCUAAUGUGAACUGCUACUUCACUGUGGUGAGUGACACGGUCUUCCCUACCGCGCUACAGUACUGCCUUAGAGAUGAGAUAAUGAUGCGACUUCUGCUCAACAAUGGCUACAAUGUGGAGAAAUGCUUCAGCUGUCAUCAUGAUGAUAGUAUAUGGAGUACUGAUACUGAAGAGGAUGACUGUCAUCCUGCCAAAAAGGUCCCUUUUUGUGACUUCAUCAGUGUGUCCUGGCUUGAGCAUUUGGCAGGGAGAACUGUGAGAAUGCUACUGGAUUAUGUCAGCCAUGUCUGCAUCUGUUCUAAACUUAAAAUGAUUUUGGAGAAGCACAAAGAGUGGUCAAUAAUCUGCCAUAUUCUGGGAAACCCACGAUCGCUUAGACACCUCUGUAGGCUUGCAAUCAGAUCUCAAAUGACCUCACAGAGAUUUGCUGACCCAAAGACUAUGGAUUCAAUCGUGUUUCCACACAGACUCAAGAACUAUGUGAUGUACAAAGAGCAUGAUCUCUAUACUGAUAUAAUAUGCUCCAAUGAGUCAAAAAGUAGUAUGCCAUUCUGCUUUCCUCCUGUUGUACAGUUACUGCUGCAUCAGUUGCAGCACAUACAGUAACAGGUUUUAAGUUUAUUUUCAAGACUUCCUGAUGUCUUAACAUAGAAUGUACUCAACAAAGCACUUGAAAAAGCAGCAAGAUAUGAAAAGCAUGUGCUUUUCUCUUUUCUUUGCUGCUUGUUCCCAGUUAGAGAGAAAGAGGGUUUAAAAAGUAAAGAAACAGAACAUUGUUCAUCAUUGUAUCAUUAUGAGCUUUAAAUAUGUGGGAUACAUUUCGCAUGUGUUGCCAUGUUUAUAUUUAAUUUUUGUUGAUAAAGGUACU